AUGGAAUCUUGGGCUAAGAAGGAGCUUGCUAAACUUAGAAUCUACAAACCUGUAAGACCACUUCUUCCUCGAAUCAGCUCAGCUCCUGUUAGUUCCUCGCAGAAACCUCGGGCUCAGGAAGUUGUUUUAGCAGCUGAUUUAGGAUGCCUCAGGUGCCAAAAGAGGGUGACUGAUGCAAUUUCAAGUAUUGAAGAUGUGGAAUCUAUGGUGGUGCAUGUAGUAGAAAAGAAAGUGACAUUCACUCGUAAAUCUGUCUCUGAAGGUUCUUCAACAAAAGUCCCUGCUGUCUUCCACAACCUAACCUGGAAAACCUCUAGGAAUCCUCUACUUUCAUUCCACAUAUAG